AUGAAGGCCGAAGUAUGUUUUUUUCUCCUGGCACUUAUCCUUAGGGGGGAGCGCAGCCAAGCUAUACACAUGCAGAGGAAGCCCAACGCCCUGUUUCUGAAUUACGCAUCCACAAAAAAUGGUGCAAGCGCUUGGAGUGUGACCGUGGGCGCGAAAAAAAAUGGAGCGAAACAAGGAGACGUGAAAAAAGGGGACGCAAACCACAGGACGAUGAAGACCCAUGUCGUAGGGUCAAAAAAGCUGGACGAGCCAAUGGUAAAGGUUUUUCAACUCGAUGAGAGAAGCCCUAGGGUAGAACCCAACAGGAAAAAACAAAACGAUGUGGACAUUGAAGGAGAUAAGGAAUGGCUCCCCAAGUCGGACAAACAAACCAAUUACAAUAUAUAUAUGGCAGACAACAAACUGGAGGAUUACCUCUCCGAUGUGAAGAUCAGCAAAGAUGAAAUGAUCAUGUUGUAUGAAGAUAUGCAUCUCGGGAGGAUGUUUGAAAAUUUAGUUGCAAAACUAUACUAUAGUAAAAGGAUAAAUGGGUUCGUGCAUCUGUACAAUGGACAAGAAGCCAUUAGCUCAGGUAUCAUUAAAAAUUUGAGGCCCUCAGAUUUUGUCACGAGCACAUACAGAGAUCAUGUGCAUGCCAUCAGCAAAAAUGUAUCUCCAAAAAAGGUGCUUAAUGAGUUGUAUGGGAACUACUACGGAAGCACCAACAGUGGCAAAGGUGGAUCCAUGCACAUUUACAGCAAGAGUGAAAACUUCAUCGGGGGCUUCGGCUUCAUCGGAGAGCAGAUCCCCAUCGCGGUCGGUUUGGCCUACAGCAUUUUGUACAAGCGGGAGUUUCCCCCCAGUGGGGCCGUCUCUCCAAGUGGUGCUGUCUCUCCAGGUGGGGCCGUCUCUCCAAAAGGGACUGCCACACCCAGUGGAACCGCCUCACCACAGGGGACCGCCCCCCCGAGUGAAGAUUCCAACGUGGUGGUGUGCUUCCUGGGAGACGGGACAGCCAACAUCGGGCAGUUCUUCGAGUCACUAAACCUGGCUGCCACGUAUAACCUCCCAAUCAUGUUCGUCAUAGAAAACAAUAAUUGGGCUAUCGGAAUGGAAGGCUCAAGGAGCUCUAUAGAUGAUCUCCAAAAUAAUUAUGCGAAGGGAAAGGCAUUCAACAUAGACACGUAUAAGGUAGAUGGAAACGAUGCGAUAGGGUUGUAUAAGUUAGCAAAAAAAAAAAUAAAUCAAAUGAGAAGGAGAGAAUGUGGACCGGUACUUAUUGAAGCAAUCACGUAUCGUGCGAAGGGACACUCUCUUGCUGACCCAGAUGAGCUAAGAAUACAGGAAGAAAAAGCGUCAUGGAAAAAAAGAGAUCCAAUUGUACAAUUGGCUAGCUACAUGAAAAAAGAAAAUAUCGUUGACGAAUCCUUCUUUGAAGAAAUUAAAAAAAAAAUGAAACAGAUUUUGUUGGAAGCUGAAAUGGAUGCUGACCAAAAUUUGAAGAAGAGCCAAAACGUGAACAUCUGCCAACUGUUGCGGGAAAAUAUUUACGCUCCCUCGGAGGAGGUACCCUUCCAAGAGGAUUACAACCAGUAUGCGAAAUAUGAUCAGCUCAGUGACUCCGAGCUGGGUGAAUAUUACGAGGCACUUCGGAAGGAAGUGGACAGAAAGCUGCACAACAGGAAGCCCGACCCCUCUGAGCACUUCGCGCGCAAGGACCUCCCCCUGGUCAUCGAC